AUGCUCAACCGCGUUUUUGCAAACUCCUCAAACUCACUGCUGCGAGCGCUCGCGCGUUCGGGAUCCCGGUUCGUUCAUAGCUCGGCCCCAGCGCUCCUGUACAAGAAAUGGGGCGACAUCUCUCUCAAGGACAAGCAAGCGUUCAUAAACAACUAUGUGGGUCUGUACAAAGAAAAGCAUCCCUGCAGUAAGAGUAACGUCAUGUACCAGACGCUGGUCGGGGAGAUGGAAGAGUACGAUGACGCGCCCUACGUGUUCGGCAUCCUUUACAACGAGAUACGAUCCGUCUCGCAAAACGAGUCUGCCGACAACGCCAAGGGCUCCGGCGCCAUGGGCGAUCCCGACUUUGAAAAGCUGCUAUAUAGAUGA